AUGCCUCUUCAUUCUCCUCUGCCAAGUAAUGUUCGCCAUGGUCUCGCAAGCAUCAGUGGUUCUUUCUUCAUCCAAAACAAAACUAGAGAUUGUGGAGAAAGUCAUUCUUAUCAUCCAGGACAUGAAGUGGUGUCAAGUCUCCCUCUACAGAUGGCCUUGUAUUUUAAUGUGCUUUUCUUUCCUGUAUGGUUUAUAUCGGAGUUCAUUAUGCUGGAGCUGAAGUAUCACUUGCUGCCUGGUUACUAUCAAUUCCUUUUAAUAACAGCUGUCACCAUUCUCACACUAAUAGAAAGCUUGAGACUUUACCUGGGAUAUAUUGGAAAUUUACACGAGAAGGUUCCAGAAUUGGCCGGCUUUUUGCUCCUGACCCUCCUCAUCCAGACGCCACUCAUCCUAUUCCUUUUAACAGAUGAAAAAAUUCUGAUUCUGCCCCUGGAGCUUGCAAUUCAUACUAUUUACAUCAUUUUUCUUAAGACAGAACUAUUUGUGUCGUUCUUUGUUCUGAAAAUCAUGACACGUCAACUUGCUACUCAGUUUUAUUUGCAGUGGACUGAUGUAGAAAACAAAGACAUUCCCACCAAGUGCUCACAGGUCACAAUACAGCGCAACUAA